CACUCGUAGGCCUGGGCCGCAGGCUGCCGACCGAGUGGCCGGGGGGCCUGGCUGCCCCGGGGGCGGGCCGGGGCCGCGGCCGGGGGCGCGGAGCGGAGCUCGGGGCGCCAGGCCGAGCCGAGGUGGGACGGACCGACGCGGAGAGGAAGGGAAGCCGCAUCCCGCGGGCCGCCCCUCCUGAAGCGAGCCGGGCAACGGCCGCGGGCGCCCCUGCCCUGAGCCCACCCCGCGCUCUCCCCUCCCUAACAAUGGGAAUGGGGCAGAAGGAGGCGCCCCACUGCGGAGGGGUGAGGGGUAGGUUUGGGACUGGGGUCCGCGGUGGGGGGAGGUGCGAUCUCGGGCUCUCGCCUCUCCGCUCCCUCUGGCUCUGGAGUUGGGGGCCCUGGUGGGGCUUUGAAGCCUGCCUGAGACUUGGGUCAGGAGUCAAACUGCCGCCCCCCGCUCCUCCCCCAAAAUCCGGUGAGCGGUAAGGAAAGUGAUGCCAAGUCUUCGAAGCCUCAGUGACAAACGCAUAGCAAGAACACAUCCACUCCAGAGAUACCUUAUCGAAACAAAAGAUUUUCCUACCUGCUCAUACUUGGUAACCGAGGGAAUUACUAAGACUUCUUGCUCAUUUCUGAGUAUUGUCUUUAUAUCCUGACACUAUGAAUGCUAUUUGGAUGCCUCUUAAGUCUGUUCUCUGGGGAGGCAGUAAGGGGCCGUGGAGCUGGCCUCGGCCUCGGCAUCGGGAGAGGCUGGACUUCCUGUCUCUCUGUGCUGAAUGGCUGCGAUGGCGCCCGCUCUCACUGACGCAGCAGCUGAAGCACACCAUAUCCGGUUCAAACUGGCUCCCCCGUCCUCUACCUUGUCCCCUGGCAGUGCCGAAAAUAACGGCAACGCCAACAUCCUUAUUGCUGCCAACGGAACCAAAAGAAAAGCCAUUGCUGCAGAGGAUCCCAGCCUAGAUUUCCGAAAUAAUUCUACCAAGGAAGACUUGGGAAAGCUGCAACCACUGGUGGCAUCUUAUCUCUGCUCUGAUGUAACAUCUGUUCCCUCAAAGGAGUCUUUGAAGUUGCAAGGGGUCUUCAGCAAGCAGACAGUCCUUAAAUCUCAUCCUCUCUUAUCUCAGUCCUAUGAACUCCGAGCUGAGCUGUUGGGGAGACAGCCAGUUUUGGAGUUUUCCUUAGAAAAUCUUAGAACCAUGAAUACGAGUGGUCAAACAGCUCUGCCACAAGCACCUGUAAAUGGGUUGGCUAAGAAAUUGACUAAAAGUUCAACACAUUCUGAUCAUGACAAUUCCACUUCCCUCAAUGGGGGAAAACGGGCUCUCACUUCAUCUGCUCUUCAUGGGGGUGAAGUGGGAGGAUCUGAAUCUGGGGACUUGAAGGGGGGUAUGACCAAUUGCACUCUUCCACAUAGAAGCCUUGAUGUAGAACACACAACUUUAUAUAGCAAUAAUAGCACUGCAAACAAAUCUUCUGUCAAUUCCAUGGAACAGCCGGCACUUCAAGGAAGCAGUAGGUUAUCACCUGGUACAGACUCCAGCUCUAACUUGGGGGGUGUCAAAUUAGAGGGUAAAAAGUCUCCCCUGUCUUCCAUUCUUUUCAGUGCUUUAGAUUCUGACACAAGGAUAACAGCUUUACUGCGGCGACAGGCUGACAUUGAGAGCCGUGCCCGCAGAUUACAAAAGCGCUUACAGGUUGUGCAAGCCAAGCAGGUUGAGAGGCAUAUACAACAUCAGCUGGGUGGAUUUUUGGAGAAGACUUUGAGCAAACUGCCAAACUUGGAAUCCUUGAGACCACGGAGCCAGUUGAUGCUGACUCGAAAGGCUGAAGCUGCCUUGAGAAAAGCUGCCAGUGAGACCACCACUUCAGAGGGACUUAGCAACUUUCUGAAAAGCGAUUCAAUUUCAGAAGAGCUGGAGAGAUUUACAGCUAGUGGCAUAGCCAACUUGAGGUGCAGUGAACAAGCAUUUGAUUCAGAUGUCACUGACAGUAGUUCAGGAGGGGAGUCUGAUAUUGAAGAGGAAGAACUGACCAGAGCUGAUCCCGAGCAGCGCCAUGUACCCCUGAGACGCAGGUCAGAAUGGAGAUGGGCUGCAGACCGGGCAGCUAUUGUCAGCCGCUGGAACUGGCUUCAGGCUCAUGUUUCUGACUUGGAAUAUCGAAUUCGUCAGCAAACAGACAUUUACAAACAGAUACGUGCUAAUAAGGGGUUGAUAGUUCUUGGGGAGGUACCUCCCCCAGAGCAUACAACAGACUUAUUUCUUCCACUUAGUUCUGAGGUGAAGACAGAUCAUGGGACUGAUAAAUUGAUUGAGUCUUUUUCUCAGCCAUUGGAAAACCAUGGUCCCCCUAUUAUUGGUCAUGUUUCAGAGUCACUGUCUACCAAAUCAUGUGGAGCACUCAGACCUGUCAAUGGAGUUAUUAACACUCUUCAGCCUGUCUUGGCAGACCACAUUCCAGGUGACAGCUCUGAUGCUGAGGAACAAUUACAUAAAAAGCAACGACUGAAUCUAGUCUCUUCAUCAUCUGAUGGCACCUGUGUGGCAGCCCGGACACGUCCUGUACUGAGCUGUAAGAAACGGAGGCUUGUUCGACCCAACAGCAUUGUUCCUCUUUCCAAGAAGGUUCACCGGAACAGCACAAUCCGCCCUGGCUGUGAUGUGAAUCCCUCCUGUGCGUUGUGUGGUUCAGGCAGCAUCAACACUAUGCCUCCCGAAAUUCACUAUGAAGCCCCUCUGUUGGAACGUCUUUCCCAGUUGGACUCUUGUGUUCACCCUGUUCUAGCAUUUCCAGAUGAUGUUCCCACAAGCCUGCAUUUCCAGAGCAUGCUGAAAUCUCAGUGGCAGAACAAGCCUUUUGACAAAAUCAAACCUCCCAAAAAGUUAUCGCUUAAGCACAGAGCACCCAUGCCGGGCAGUCUGCCAGAUCCAGCUCGUAAGGACAGGCACAAAUUGGUCAGCUCCUUCCUAACAACAGCCAAGCUGUCCCAUCACCAAACCCGGCCUGACAGGACCCACAGGCAGCACUUAGACGAUGUGGGGGCCGUGCCCAUGGUGGAGCGAGUGACAGCGCCAAAAGCAGAGCGCUUGCUCAACCCACCGCCACCCGUGCAUGACCCAAACCACAGCAAAAUGAGAUUGCGAGACCAUUCAUCUGAGAGAAGUGAAGUGUUGAAACAUCACACAGACAUGAGCAGUUCGAGCUACUUGGCAGCCACCCACCAUCCUCCACACAGUCCCUUGGUGCGACAGCUCUCCACCUCCUCAGACUCCCCUGCACCCGCCAGCUCUAACUCACAGGUUACAGCCAGCACAUCGCAGCAGCCAGUUAGGAGGAGAAGGGGAGAGAGCUCAUUUGAUAUUAACAACAUUGUCAUCCCAAUGUCUGUUGCUGCAACAACUCGCGUAGAGAAACUGCAAUACAAGGAAAUCCUUACUCCCAGCUGGCGGGAGGUUGAUCUUCAGUCUCUGAAGGGGAGUCCUGAUGAGGAGAAUGAGGAGAUUGAAGACCUAUCUGACGCAGCUUUCGCCGCCCUGCAUGCCAAAUGUGAGGAGAUGGAGAGGGCACGGUGGCUGUGGACCACGAGUGUGCCACCCCAGCGGCGGGGCAGCAGGUCCUACAGGUCAUCAGACGGCCGGACAACCCCUCAGCUGGGCAGUGCCAACCCCUCCACCCCCCAGCCUGCCUCCCCUGAUGUCAGCAGUAGCCACUCUUUGUCAGAAUACUCUCAUGGUCAGUCCCCUAGGAGCCCCAUUAGCCCGGAACUGCACUCAGCGCCCCUCACCCCUGUGGCUCGGGACACUCCGCGACACUUAGCCAGUGAGGAUACCCGUUGUUCCACGCCAGAGCUGGGUCUGGAUGAACAGUCUGUCCAGCCCUGGGAGCGGCGGACCUUCCCCCUGGCGCACAGUCCCCAGGCGGAGUGUGAGGACCAGCUGGAUGCACAGGAGCGAGCAGCCCGCUGCACUCGACGCACCUCAGGCAGCAAGACUGGCCGGGAGACAGAGGCGGCACCCACCUCGCCUCCCACUGUCCCCCUCAAGAGUCGGCAUCUGGUGGCAGCAGCCACAGCUCAGCGCCCAACUCACAGAUGAGCGGGAGACAAGAAUCUAAACAGACUCACUAACUAUUGGCAUUAAAGCUUCAGAAAUCUCUGCGUUUGAUAUUCAAACAUCAUAUGCCGGAAAUUUUCACAGUUUUUAGUGAACUUAAGGAAUUUAGAUCCUACUUUGGUAUUUUUUUCUCUCGUUUUAAUUUUUGUUUUUUGUUUCCAUGUUUUCUUGUCACACACCUGAGCACUUCCUCCCGUUGGCAAACAGAAGUUCAGGAUGAGACCCUGCUGGCCUGGUCCUGGCACAUCCUCUGCACUGUUGAAUCACUGGACUUACCAAUCUUAGAUGACCACACCCCCUCCCUCACACCUGUGGGCAGGGCAGAACAGCCUGGCGGGCAGAGGGCUCCAGUUGAGCAUGGCCUUCUCGGGCUAGGGUGGAAUGGGGCAGGGUGCUCUGGGCUCUUACCCCUUCCCCUCCCAUCUGUGGCUGGGCUCAGCUGUGGCCCUCCUGGCUGGGUCCCCCCUUGGUUUUUCGUGCUGGAACAUCCCCACCAGAGCCUCUCUGCCGUAACUGCCAGCUGCUCUCACCAAGUGCUCAGCCGGCAGAACAGCUUUCCCUUCUCACCCAGAACUUAGAGACCUAUUUUUUGUUUCAUCUGCAUUUGGUCUUCUCUGUUUUGACUCUUUAACUGCAGUAACCUGGCUGUGGCUGCUCAGGUUCCCUUCAUCAUGCCCCUUGGUACCCUUCCCUGUCCGUUCUCCAAUGCCACAUACACACCCACAACCCGUCCUUCCACUCGGAAUGUUUUUUUUACCACCUAUCCUGAUCUCUGAAGGUAGGGUUAGGACUACUUAACCUCUGUUCCCACUCCCCUGCAAACGGGGUUGUGGGAAGUGAGCAGCCAUCUCCCUGUGUGAUUUUUUUUUUUUUCCUCUGAUUCGCUUUGCCAUGUUUCCUUCACAUCCAGAUCCCUGUCGGUGUUAGUUCCACUCUUGGUCUUUCACGCUCCCCUUGCCUGUGGAACAUUGUCUGGUCCUAGCUGUGGUUCCCAUUGUUCCCCCUUCACCCUUCUCUGUUAACCUUGUGCCUGUCUCCUGUAUGAUCACAUCACCAAAAAGGGGGAGGGGGGAGAAGACUUUUUUUUUGGCCAUUUUGUAAUCGUAUAAAAAUAGUAGACAACUGCUUAAUGGUUGGGGUUUUUUCACAAUUUUCAACAUUAGUGAUUUUUUUUUUCUGUUUGCAAGUUAAAGGGUUUGUCAUUGUUUCUUUAAAGAAAAAAUACAAUAAUGCACCAUAUCCCUAUGCAUAAAGUGCUUCUUCUAUUUAUAAGGUUGAAAAUUCUGAAUAACCCUUUUAGCAUUGAAAAAAAAAAAACAAAAACAAAAAAUGAAAAAAAAAAAAAACUUGUAUUUUGUAAAUAUUUUCUUUUCCUGCUUUGGAGCUGUGUAAUGGCAGCGAAACAUGUAGCUGUCUUUGUUCUAUAGAAAUGCUUUUCUUCAGAGAAGCUGAUCUUUGUUAAUGUCUUGAUUCUGUUCGCAAAGCACAGACUAGUGCUUAAAAAAAAAAGAAGGAAAAAUUGAAAAAAAUAAAAAAAAAAAAGUUACAGAA